CUCUUCCUGCGUUAUGAUGGAUCUUCUCAUUAGAUCACAUCACAACUUCAAAGCAUUUCGUUCCUUUCCUUUCCUUUCUUUUCCUUUUCAAUUUUCUCUCCUUCACUCAAGCAUAUCUUUUUUUCCGGUAAAAAAAGUAAAAAUGGUUUCUUUCAAGUCUAUCAUUCUCGCUGCAUUCGUUGCAGCCCCUUUGGUCGCUGCUGAAUGCACCAGCUUCCAAGCCGCCCUCGCCUUCGACCAAGGCUCCGGCUUGGAUCCCGCUCGUCACGAAGAGAGCUCGUGGGAUAUUAGCCAAGGCGGCAAGAAUCUUUGCAGUGUUGUCAUGGCGAAGACAAGCAACGGCAAGCAGGACUGCAACGACCCUGGAUCCAGCGUUGAGUGGCAGUUCGAAGGCGAGCAGAGCAAAGGAUCGGCUACAUACUGCCCCGGAAAUGGUGCUUGGUACGUUGUUUUUGUUCAUCUCAUAAUACGCGGAUUGGCUUCGGUAUGCGGAUCUGGCUGACAUUGCUCAACAACAGUGUUACCGCGUCUUUUGGACCUACCGAUUGGACGUGCAGGACUGGGUGCGUGGCUUGCGAUAAACCCAAGAAGGCAGAUUGCAUCUGCAAUGCUUGCUCUGGCUUCAAGCAGGUGUGCUGAUUGUCCUGAUCCUGACCUUUCUGAGAUGGGGUUUUGUCUGGGAAUAGAAGGAGAUGUAGGGAUGGGACAUUGAGCAUUUCUUUGGGCGUUAUCUACAUUCGAUUCAGACGUGUUCUUACGGAAGAAUUUCAAAUGAAUUCAGUUGCAUCGAUUGAUUAGUUGACUUCUUGCAUGGGAAUGAAUUGAGAUGAAUUGAUCGUG